AUGUUACAGCAAUCCACUGGAUCGCAGCAAUCAUACCUGACUCCUAUCGCAGUGGUGGGUGGGGAAGAGAUCUACUGCAACGACAAACAGGUCCUGUGGGUGAUAAGGGCGAAGUACGAAUGCGAUCUAAUCCCAGGCGAGCUGAAUAGCCAACGCCAUACCGCUUACGUCCCUUCGGAUGGCGUCGCGCAUGCAGUGAAAGACAUUGAGGUCUGCUGCGCUCCUCGCGAUAAGAUUCAAUGGAUCACAGCGGGAAACGGUGAAGUACCCCCCCUGGCUGUACCUGGUGGGAAGACGGCAUCAGGGGAGACGCUAUACAUCGGCAGAGCAAGGGAACAAAACUUUCUGAUACCUGGAAAGAUUCAGCCGAGCCUUGGACACUUGUACCUGCCGUUUAAAGGUAAAGAAAUUGCAAAGAAAUACUACGAAGUACUGUGCACCGUUAAUUAAUUUGCCACCACCACCGUUAAAUAAUAUAAUUUUAUAACGAGUUUGAAAUUAUUAUUUUUGAUUAUGAAAGCACUUGCUGUAUUGUUUAGUACCAGAUUACAAAAUCAUUGUCUUGUUGACACAUAGAUAUAUUACUAAAGUCAACGGAAAUACAGCGGAGCGCUAGCGUAAAUAAGAUAAAUGUUCUUAAAUUUCACAAAAGCUUUCACAACGUUUCUAAGAUAUUAUAUUCAGUUAAAAUAAAGUUAGUGUAUGUAUGUGGGCAACGUUCCGGACCAUCUGUUUCAUAAAACGUUGUUUAUGACUUGUCCAUCUCAGUUCCUAAAGCAAAUACACACAUUGUCAUAGUUAUAAGAGUGUGAUUUAUAUUUGCUUGUACCAUUUGAGGUGCGCUUUAAUUGAAUAAAAAUAUAACUUU